AUGGCGACCCAGAUGAGCAAAAAACGAAAGUUUGUGGCUGAUGGGGUAUUUUUCGCGGAGUUGAACGAGCUGCUGACGAGAGAGCUGGCGGAGGACGGGUACUCCGGCGUGGAGGUGAGGGUUACUCCCGUGCGCACCGAGAUUAUAAUCAGGGCAACUCGUACUCAAAACGUUCUUGGUGAGAAAGGGAGAAGGAUUAGAGAAUUAACCUCUGUUGUUCAGAAGAGGUUUAAAUUCCCGGAAAACAGUGUUGAGCUAUAUGCCGAGAGAGUUAGCAACAGGGGCUUAUGUGCAAUUGCUCAGGCUGAGUCCCUACGCUAUAAGCUUCUUGGAGGGCUUGCCGUCCGCAGGGCCUGUUAUGGUGUGUUACGAUUUGUCAUGGACAGUGGCGCCAAAGGCUGUGAGGUAAUUGUUAGUGGGAAGCUUAGGGCUCAACGUGCCAAGGCAAUGAAAUUCAAGGACGGGUACAUGAUAUCUUCUGGCCAACCUGUCAAAGAAUACAUCGACUCUGCAGUGAGGCAUGUUCUUCUCAGACAGGGUGUUCUUGGUAUCAAAGUAAAGAUAAUGCUCGACUGGGACCCGAAAGGGAAGCAGGGUCCGGUUACACCCUUACCCGAUCUCGUCACCAUUCAUCCACCGAAGGAAGAAGAGCAUUACAUUGCUCCUCCACCUGUUGCAACUGAGGUUGAAGUCCCAUUGGGCAGUGUAGAUAACUAG